AUGUCCUGUCUGCAGCACUUCUCACUGGAGCCAAAAAGUAAUAGUAACAGCAUUGAUCUGAUAAGCCUGGAAUGCGUAUCCGAAUGCAGUAAAAUUCCACAGCAGAUAGUUCUGCUGGUUCGAGCAGUAACGGAGUAUUCAAGGCAGCCCUUUGAUCUGCCCAUAUCAAUAAAUCUGGGUGACGAUGGCGGGCAACGGCCCCGAUUUCGGAAGUCUGUGGUACCGCUAAGUAUCAAGGAGAAUUCACUGAUGGAUAUUUUGCUGACAAUGGACGUUGAUAAUCCGGGCGACAGCAAUUUGAUUUUUAUUCUCAGUGAUUACGAAUCAAUUUUCGAGCUUGACAAUAAGUAUGGGAUUUUAUCAAUCCGAGAUAGCAAAUUACUCACAGUGGACAACCUCGGCGAACGUUUCAAUAUGAGUGUGUCAGUUUCGGAUGGGAAACACGAAGCGGACACUGCGGUCAUUAUGGUUACACUGGAACCA